AUCUUGAGUGUGAAAAUGCAGAGGCACUUGCUUGUUGCUGCUGUCUUAGCCACAUUGAGCUUGCUAGUUUCAGGUCAGACUGAUUUCUUCUACAAACUCAGUCUCCAAUGGCCACCUUCGGUUUGUGGCCCUUCCCAGUGCGGGUCACCCAUCCCCAGAACUUUUACAAUCCAUGGUUUAUGGCCACAAUUUGUUACAAAUGACAGACCGGUUCCUCCCUAUAAUCCAACAACUAAUAAAUGCACCAAUGUCACACCUACGGCUCCAGGUCAAAUUUUGGUUCCAUUGCAACCCAUCCAAGACCAACUAAAUGAGCUUUGGCCAAGCCUUUUGAAGCAGACAACGAAUGUGGCAUUUUGGCGACAUGAAUGGGAAAAACAUGGAAUGUGUUCUGAUUAUCCUGAUAAACCUCAUGAUUAUUUCACCGCAGCUUUAGAUCUUACUACUACAUACAAUCCACUCGAAGGUACAGAAGUUAAGCCUCGACAAGAUCCUUAUAAAGCAAUAGAGAUACGUGAAGCUAUCAAGGCAAAACUGGGAAAAUAUCCUGAAAUCUCAUGUGGCAAAGUUAGUAACACAAUCCAAUUGAAGGAGAUCCGCUUAUGCUUCGAAAGGGCAAAGCCGCCUGUCGUCCUUCGAGACUGUCCCACGAAAUACUCGAAUCAAUGUUCUGAUGACGAUAACCAAGAAAAAUUUCCUCCAGCUACUAGUGGAGUGUUAGAAUUUUAAAGUAUGUAGCUAAUGGCGGGGUGGAAUUAGUAAAGAAUAAAUGUGGCAAGCUAAAUAUGUACUUGCUUUCUUAAAUAAUAUUGUAAAGAAUAAAUGUUCUACUUAGGGUAGAUCAUGGCUUAGAGGAGAACGUACUGGUAUACGUAGUGGUGGAUGAGAGAAUGCUGUCUUUUGGCUGUAUAUCUUAGUUUACAAAUGGUGGUUUAGGGAGGCUCUACGCAGAAACGACAAGAGAUGCUCUUCUUAUCUACAGGAGAGUUUGGACGUCCUUCCUGUAUCAUUUGCUAAUAUCGAUAAAUAAACAUAUGCUCUACUUGUCUAAAUAAAAACUUAUUGUAUUUUAUGUUUGCAGUU